AUGCACUUGGCUUUCGGCCGUGAUUUGAUUGGACCAGCUGUGUACUUUGGUCUCAUGGGUGAUGGUCAGCCUAUUGGUCGCUACGAUGAUAUGUGGGCUGAUGGUGAAAGAGAAGCUCAGCUCCUUAGACCAUACUUUGAAAAGCUUGCAGAUGCCAUGGUCACAUGGAUUGAAGCUUGGGAUGAGCUUAACCCACCAGCUGUAGCAGCAGCCAAUGGAAAAGCUUGA